AUGUCUGAGCCUCUUGCAGACCCUCACAGCUUUCACGACGGCGUGUCCUAUCCGACCACCCAAGGCGACUUCACCAAGGCAUUGGAUCGCUGUGCGAAAGCAUGCGAAGAAUUCAACCAGCUCGGCGCUACAGCAACCUCAGCUCAGAGAUCCGAUGCCUGGCGCAGAAUCGUCUGUCACAAUGUCGAGGGCGACGGGACACCUUACAUCAAGAGCCCUAUCACCAUGGAAUACGAACUUCGCGUUUACAUUGCCCCUGGCACCUUCAUCAACCACAAUUGUACCAUUCUGGACACGCCUGUUGCGGACAUACGCAUCGGAACGAAGUGCACAAUCGGUCCUCAUGUCAGCAUCUAUGGCGUAUCACACAGUCUGAACCCAGAUGAAACAGGACGCCGAGCCAUCUUCGGGAAGCCCGUCACCAUAGGUGACGCUGUUUGGAUCGGUGGAAGAGCCAUCAUCUUAGCUGGAGUUCAAAUCGGCUCACGCUCGACAAUUGCUGCGGGCAGCGUGGUUCGUAGCGACAUUCCUUCCGACUGCAUCGCUGCUGGAGUUCCUGCGAAAGUCAUACGCUUCAUCCGACCUGAUGAAACGCACGACGCACUGUAUGCAGGGUCACUUGAGGAAGCUCUGGAGAUUCGCUUUACACACGAUGCUGAUCGCGUUGCUCACAUACGCUGA